UCUGUCAGCGCCGGCCUGCCAGCACCUUGCCCAAUUCCAUUAAACCUGACACAUCAAAGCACUUUCAGUUCAGCCAAGCUCCUCUGGUGGCAUGGAGCCACGGAGAGGACAGGGAGCCUUCCAAAUGCUCGGGCUGGCAGCAGAGGAGCCAAGCAGGAAUGCCCCGGUGAGAAAAGGUUCCCAAACUGCCUCAGGAGAAGACGCUUUGUGUGGUGUGUUGAGAGAGAAACAUCUUGUUUCUCUCCGGAAGCUUUCCCUGUCGUUCCCAGCCCUGUUUGAUAAGAUCCCCGAGUGAGCUGCAGGAUUUUGCUUGUUAUUAUCCACACUUGGGAGGCUGGAAGAGCAUUUUUUUGGCUUUUCAGCUAAAGCAUGGAGUGUGCUGGAGGAGCCGACAGUAAAAUGCAGCUGCCACCAAGGGAGAUCCAGGAUAGGGACAUUGAGGAAGGGCUGGAAGGAUGGGAAAAGGGAGCAUUUUAUCCAGCUGGAGCCACAGACAGGGCUGAAGGGAAGUGGCAAGUAAUUACGGCAGCUGGAAUCCAGCCAGGGUGUCUUGAAAUACCAGCUUGCAAAACUUUCACCAAAACACGCCAACGGACCAGGUGUUUCGAGGAUAACAGAUCUGGGCUUUGACUCUGCAAUCAGCCCUGGGAUCAGCAGAUCCAGGAGAAAACCAUUAUCAGGAAUUAAGGCUGUAACAGAUCCUCAGUCCCUCGAGGCCCUCCAGGUCUGUUUUUCUCAGGAUUUUGGGUACAAAGGAAGAGAAAAGCUCAUUUAUUUCCAGUCCUGGACAAGAAGUCCCCUCUCCUUGUUCUGGACAGAAAUCCUCCUGGUGUUUGACCCCACACAGGCCUGACAGAAGGCAGCAGUGAAUCCAACUUUUGGAUUUAGGGAGGAUUUUAGCCAUGUCCUGCUUGCAGAGCUUUUCUCCCUGCGUGCUGGCGUGUGGCUGCCCCUGCAGAGGGAUCUGGCAGCCAGGGAUAAACCCAGCCUGAGCAUCAUUUGGGAAAGGAAACGGAUCAACUGAACAAGGAGAGCAGAUCUGGCACCCAAACCUAUCAAAAAAAAACUCUCCUGGCACAAGGCUGCAAAGGCUACGAGAGAACCAAGAAUUCUUUGUUAAGUGUCACCUGAGACCUUUUCCGCCCCAAAACCUCUGUCCCCAACAGCUCCACGUGCACAGCCCCGAGAGCCUCCCCCGCCACUCCCUGCCAGCCAAGCAUCUGCAGAUGGAUGGGUUUGGGAUGGAGGGCAGUGCCCCGGGAACAUGAAAGGAGAUGUGUAAAUGCAGCCUGUGUCCAUACAGAGCCUGUGGCUUGGUGCUGGCAUUCCCAGGAGUAAAAUCAUUGCUAGUUGAGCAAGAGCUGGAAAGGCAGAAAGAAAAGGAAAGGGCACAGGUGGCAGGGAGGAGAUGCCAUUCCUGACUGCAGGCUGGGAGCAGCCCCCAGUUCCAGGCCUCAUUUCAAUGCCCUGGAAGGAGCAGCAGAAAGGAAAGGAAGCAGAGGUUCCCAGCCAGGCUCUGCACCAGGAGCCCUGUCCAUCCCAUUUCUCCAUCCACACACCUCAAGGAAGCUCUGGGUCAUCUACGGCUCCCCAGAUGGACAAAGCUUCCCCCAAACCCUCCCCUGCUCCCUGGACAACUGCAAGCCACUUGUUUCCUGGAGCUGAGCUCUCUUGACAGCCUGGGAGAAGCUCCAGGUGUUUGAUUUUCCUUUACAUUUCGAGGUCCCAUGGAACGCACCCAGAGCCCAGCCCCGGCAGAGCUCCUCCAGCCCAACGAGGGUUUUCCAACAGGAACAGCGUACGAGCACAGGGAAGGAAGGGAGGGAGCAAAUAUUAACAACACCUGUGCUAAUGAAACACCCAGGACCUGGCGAGAGGCAGUAAAAGGGAAAAGCAGAGGAGGGAGCUCAGCCUCCUUAUGCAACCUCGUUAUUUAACGACCACAGAGACACCCUAUAGGGGCUCUUUGUUUGCAGAGGGAAAGGAGAGAAACGCCACCAAUAUCUGAGUCACUGGUUCACCAAGAGGCUCCAAAGACAUUUUCAGAUGGAAAUUUUUCCAGGUUCACAUGGUAAUUUGGGAGGACUGGCUAAUUCCCUGGCUCCACCCACCGCCCUGUAACACAGCUCCUGCUGCUCUUGCAUAUAUAGAUAGGUAUGGCCCUACACCUGGCCGUACACACCAGAGCCUGGACACAGAGCAAUCCUAUACUUUCUUCCUCCCUGGCUGCCCUCCACCUGCUCCCACCAUGAAGAGGGAAAUACUAACCCUGGCCUUUGCUCGAGCCGUCUUUGUAGAGUUCCUCUCCACGCUCAUCUUCGUCUUCAUUGGGCUGGGCUCAGCACUGAAGUGGCCGUCGGCCCUGCCCAGCAUCCUGCAGAUUGCUCUGGCCUUCGGGCUGGCCAUCGGCACCUUGGUGCAGGCCUUCGGCCACAUCAGCGGCGCCCACAUCAACCCAGCCGUGACCAUCGCCUUCUUCGUGGGCAAUCAGAUCUCCCUGCUCCGCACGCUGCUCUACAUCGUGGCCCAGCUGCUCGGGGCCAUCGCCGGCGCUGGGAUCCUCUACGGCGUCACCCCCGCCAACACCCGCGGCAACCUGGCCAUCAACGCACUCAACAGCAACAUAACUCAAGGCCAGGCCCUCGUGGUGGAGAUCAUCCUCACCUUCCAGCUGGCCGCCUGCAUCUUCGCAUCCACGGACAACCGGCGCAGCGGCGUUGGCUCCCCGGCACUGUCCAUUGGCCUCUCCGUCACCCUGGGCCACCUGGUGGGGAUUUACUUCACCGGCUGCUCCAUGAACCCUGCGCGCUCCUUUGGGCCCGCGGUCGUCACCAGGAGGUUCAGCUCCGCGCACUGGGUGUUCUGGGUCGGGCCCAUCCUUGGGGCUUGCUUGGCCUCCCUGCUCUACUUCUACAUCCUGGUCCCCUACUGCAUGAACAUGUCUGACAGGGUGGCCAUCAUCAAGGGCACCUACGAGUCCGAGGAGGAGUGGGAAGAGCAGCGGGAGGAGAGGAAGAAGUCCAUGGAGCUGACCCCGCCAUAAGAGCAGCUGGAAAAGCCAAGCCGAGGGAGGGGAGGAAGCCCCACACGUGGGUUUAUGUGUGCCCCAAAGCCAGGCAAUGACCACACCCAGCUGCAGCUGCAGACUCUUCAUCCAGAGCCUUCCCAGCCAGGCCCCUGUGGGAUGCAGGAAGGCUGAGGGCUCUGUGUGUGUGUAAAGAACCCCUGCAUGAGCUCUAGAACCUCUCCAGAUUCCCCGCAGCCACAAAGCCCCUCAGCCAGGCCCCUGGCACCCUCGGCUCCAUCCCUGCCCUCCCAGUGCAGCUCUGCACCAUGGCAGGGCCCCAGACCCCCCAUUGGGGCACCUGCAGGACCUCACCUGGCCCAGGUAUGGGGGCCCCUGGGGAAAGGGGAAAAACCGCUUAGGGCAGGGGGUGCAGCUGCCCCCCCAGCCCAGAGGCUGCUCAUAGAUGCUCUUUCACCUUUCCUGGUGCUGGGAGUCCUUUUUAUUCCCAAAGAACGAGACUUUGGAUUCUGUGUUGAGAUCUUUGUAUUAUAGUUUAUUAUUUAUUGCAAAUAAAGGAAAGUUUAAAAGAAAAAAAUCCUGGGUGCAAAUCAGCUCAAGUCUCAAAGUUUAGGAGGGAAAACAGAUUGAGCUGAAUGCAAAUUCAUCCCAGAGGGAAAUAGCAAGCGCUCAGACCCUGAAUCCUGUGUGGCCUGGUGGGUUGGGAGGGGAAAACA